AUGGCUUCGUCAACAUUGAUCUAUGAGAUUGAAAAAGAUUUAUUUCGAUAUGGUGGUCCAAUCUUAAUCAUUAUCGGUAGUAUUAGUUGUAUACUUAACUUAAUGGUAUUCAUGAAAGAUGGUCUACGAAAAAAUCCUUGUUCAGUUUGCUUUAUAGCUAUUAAUAUAACCAAUUUUGCAUACAUUUAUUUGGGUUUAUUAUUUGUUGUACUUCCAUCGGGUUAUGGAAUUGAUCCUAGUACAAACAAUAUGGAUUUCUGUCGAUUCCGUUAUUAUGCUGACACGAUUCUUACUUGCUGGGAAUCGUCUUAUCUCAUUCUAGCAUCAAUUGAUCGAACAAUGAUCACUUCACGAAAUGCGACUACAAGACAAAGAUGUACACGCCAGGAAGGACCAAAUUAUUUUGUUUGUUACUAUCAACCAGGUGCAUAUACAACAUUUAUAACCUAUUAUUCACUUUUCAUCAACGGAUUAUUACCACCUUUCCUUAUGAUUCUAUUUGGUAUUCAAACAGUAAAAAAUGCCCGUCAAUUAGGACGUAAUACAGGUCCUGCCAAAUCAUCGAAUGUUGGCUCUGUAUCAGUAGGUGGAACACAUAUAUUUCAAUCAAAAGAUCAACAACUUAUUCGAAUAGUACUCGUAGAUAUCAUCACCUAUAUUAUUUGUAAAUGUCCAGUUACAUUGUUUCUCAUCUAUCAACAAAUCACUCAAUAUCAAAUGAAGAGUGCACAACAAGAAAUAAUUGAGCAAUUAGUCGCACAAAUAAUAUAUUUUGUGUUUUUCAUGGAGACUUCUAUUGGCUGCU